AUGGGAAAUACACACAGCUCACCAACAAAUUCCGUCCUUCAAAUUAAAUAUCAAAGUAUUGAAGAAAUUGAGAAUGAACUAAACCAAAAAGAUAUUAAGGAUGUAACUGUGUUUAUUGGAAUCGACUAUACAUCAAGUAAUGUUGAUUCUGGAAAAAAAACUUAUGGAGGAAAAAAUCUUCAUUUGAUAAGUGAAGAAUUAAAUCCAUAUCAAGAAGUAAUCUCAAUCAUCUCAAAAUAUCUUAAAAAAUAUACUAAAGAAAUUUAUUUAUAUUCAUUUGGUGAUUCUAUCUCACGAGGAAAUUCAACAUGUAAUAUGAACCAGAAAGGUGAGGCAUUUCAGAGCUAUGAAGAAGUUCUGGAGACAUAUAAAAUUACAACUCCAUUAGUUACAUUAUCUGGACCAACUAAUAUCUCUCCAUUAAUUGAAAAGGCAAUUGAAAAAAAAAGUCAAACACUAAACAAAACUGUUGUCAUUUUAUUAUGUGAUGGUCAAGUAACUGAUAAUAAGACUACAAUUAAAACUAUUAAAAAGGCGUCUGGAAGUGGAAUUGAAGUUAUUUGUAUUGGAAUUGGAGAUGGACCAUUUGAGACAUUUAGAAAUGAAAUUACUGAAAACAGUCAAAACUUCCAUUUUAUUGAAUAUUCCACUCUAAGCGAAAGGUUCAAAGAAGAAAAAGAAGAAAAAAUGGGAAUCGCUACAUUACAGUAUUUAGUCAAUUUAUAA